AUGAUAGAAAGCAGGAGGGAAAAGUCCUGAGGCAGAACAUCCCACACCUAUAUCACUAUGGUCUUACUUAACCAGAAUAACACUGCAGAAAGUAUCCCACUUUGCAUAAACUGCACACAACAUGUGGCCACCAUUAAUAUAUCCAAAGCCAUUGUGGUGGGAGUUAUCUUCGGAAUGUUCAUCACGUUUGGUGUUUUAGGAAACAUUUUGGUCAUUCUUUCGGUUGCCUGCCACCGACAUCUACAGACUGUGACUCACUAUUUUAUUGCAAAUCUUGCUGUGGCUGAUCUGCUUUUGAUGUCUAUGGUGCUUCCAUUUUCAGCAACUUUUGAGAUACAAGGAUAUUGGCUUUUUGGUCGCAUCUUCUGCAACAUAUGGGCAGCAGUAGAUGUUCUCUGUUGUACAGCUUCCAUCAUGAGCUUAUGUGCCAUAUCAAUAGACCGGUACAUAGGGGUUAGUUAUCCCCUGAGGUACCCAAGCAUUAUGACUGAGCGAAGAGGUCUCCUAGCUUUGCUUUGUAUAUGGGUCUUGUCGCUUGUGAUUUCAAUUGGACCUCUGUUCGGCUGGAAAGAACCAGCACCAGAAGAUGAAACAAUCUGUGAAAUCACAGAAGAACCAGGGUAUGCUCUUUUCUCAGCCUUUGGAUCUUUUUACUUGCCUUUGACUAUCAUUCUGAUCAUGUAUUUCCGGGUAUAUAUUGUGGCCAAAAGGGAAGGGAAAGUUUUAACCUGUGGGAUGAAGUUUGAGAAGUCGGACUCUGAGGAAGUGACUUUGAGAAUCCACAGAAAGAGCACCCCAGAAAGUAUCAAUUCUACCACAAGCUCAAAGCACAAACCCCACUUUUCGGUGAGACUUCUUAAGUUCUCCAGGGAGAAGAAAGCAGCAAAGACACUUGGAAUUGUAGUUGGAUGCUUUGUAUUGUGCUGGCUUCCAUUCUUCCUCGCUAUGCCUAUAGGUUCCCUUUAUCCUCCGGCUAAACCUUCGGAUACUAUUUUCAAGAUUACGUUUUGGCUGGGUUAUUUCAACAGCUGCAUCAACCCGGUGAUCUAUCCUUGUUCCAGUCCAGAGUUCAGAAAAGCCUUCCAAAACAUUCUCCGAGCUCGCUGCUCGCACAGGAGGCAGGCAGCAAGCAAAUAUUCCUCUGGGUUCAUCCUGAACAGCCCAGUAAACCGUGGCUCUGAAGAGCACAAGCACGUGGUUCGAAUCCCAGUGGGUUCAGGAGAAACUUUUUAUAAGAUCUCAAAGUCAGAUGGAGUUUGUGAAUGGAAAUAUUUCACUCCAUCGACCAGCCCUUCAACUCCCUACGGGGCACAAAGGGACUUUUCAAGCUGCUCUGCUGCUAAGAUGAACAGUAAGUCCUUUCUUCGGACUUGCUGUUGCAUUGGCAUAGAGAAGAAACCCAUGUGCCAUAAUGUCCCCACAAUCAAAAUACACACAAUAUCAGUGAGCGAGAACGGGGAGGCUGUCUGAGCACAGGACCUUAUGGUGUUUUAGGGAUUUGGGUAAUUCUUGGAUGGAAACCAUUAACUGGUAAUAGUUCUGACUGUGUAAGUGAA